CUGCUUUCCCAGUGAUAAACUGACGUUCGAAGCGAAAGCAUCGAAGCAAACUUAACCUCAAAGCAAAACUUUUACUCGUAAGAGUAUAAAGCCAAUUCUCAAUAACUAUACUACUUAUAAAGCUUUAAACAAGUUUGUGUUGUUAAAAAAAAAUAUCGAAAAUGUCGUUGGUUCCACUGCUUUUCUCCGACUGGUGGGAGGAUUUGGACAGACCGCACCAUCUUCUGGAUCAAGAUUUCGGACUGGGAAUCCACCCGGAGCAAUUAUUAACACCACAACGACUCGAACAAUACCUCAUCCAGCCACAGAGGAAAAGGUAUCCUUUAAAUUACAUCAGGCCUUGGGCAGAGCUUCUUCGAAGCGCUGAUAAAGGAGGAGUAUCUACUGUCGAGGCUGACAAGGAUAAAUUCCAAGUUACGCUGGACGUACAACAAUUUAAACCAGAAGAAAUCGAUGUCAAAGUGGUAGGCAAGCAUGUCGUUGUUAACGCCAAGCACGAAGAGAAGCGAGACGAACAUGGCUGGAUCUCUCGCGAAUUCACCAGGAAGUAUUUGAUUCCGGAGCAGUGCGACAUUGAUCAAGUUUCAUCCAAACUGUCUUCGGACGGAGUGCUCACCAUCUUAGCUCCUAGAAAGGACCAGCCAAAAUUAGAGAACGAGAAAGUCAUCAAAAUCGAACACACGGGAAAACCGGCGUUGAAAGCUAAGGAAGAAGUUGAAAAGAAAGAUAAAAAGUAAAUUUUUGUAAAAUUUCAUGUUGUUUGAUACUUCAUUAUUCACUGUAAAAUUUCAUUUCCUUUCACAAACUCUUUUCAUUUAGAAAAUACUUUUAAAGGCUGCCAGUUACACUACUUUAUUUUGUAACUAUAAAUAAGACUUCUUUACUACUGUUUGUGAUACCGAGGAUGUUCAAGUGAAUAUAUCCUAGUAAAACUUAGUUUUCUUUUGUAUAAUUGUAAUGUACAUUAUUUAUAAUUGUUAAAUAGUAAAUUUAUAAAUAAAUUGUAAAAUAACUUA